GCGAGAUGGAGCUAUUACCAAUGACUUACGUACACAUGCCGCCGGAGGUGACAGCGAUGGGCGGAUGCACCUUCUAUGGCAUCCACUGCUUCGCGACAGGGCGGAUGCGAAAGGCCAGCGUCCAUGAAACGCCAAGAUCCAAGUUGCACUUUGUUCCGAUCUUGAAAGGUCGCGGCCACAAAUCCCCAUCGGAGCAUUUGGAGAAACAUGCAGCCCGAGCUCGCCCUCGAUCAGCGCGGCGACGGUAUGUACAGCGGUUCGUUUCGGUGGACCGAACACAAACGAUUUCCAGCCUUGCCACGACGCCAUGGAGCCGCCGCGCCAACGGCCCCAUUGACGACCGGCUGGCAGGGCUAUUUGGGGCAGUGCCAUGCGACCAGUUUGCUGCCGUGGGCAACGAGCGAUCCGUCGUUUCUGGAUGCGCUCUCGUUCCCAAUGACGUUGGUGUACAUGACCAAGCUCCUCAACGCCGAGGCAGCUUGGCCAUCAGGGCGAACUGUCACCAUCCUCGUUGUUGGCGCGACCGUCAAGGCCGAGCAGCGUAUUUGGGCCCACACCAACUAUUGGGCGGAGAUCUCGGCUUUUUACCCAGACCGCUCCUUUGACGUCUGGUUCAUCGGACCCGAAGUCUCACUGAGCGUUCAUGGUGGUACGGCCGGGAGCCGGGUUACUGCCCAUGCCUAUCGUGGGACAACUGGCAGCUUCCUGGCAAGCCACGACGUCGACGUCGCGACGACCGUCGUCAUCGGGUACAACACGGGCUUUGGCAACUUUGUCGAGUCGGGCCGCUACGAUUUGCUCUGGAGCUGGCUUCCCGACCUCUACGACAUCGUCGCGUCCGGCCUCCUCGCUAUCUUUGCGUGCGCGAACGAUUAUGCUGAUAUGAACGGCGAGUUUGCCGUGCAUACGCGCGUGCUCGGGUCGAACAUGGUCUAUCUGCCGCGCGACAACCCGUUCUCGGCGGCGUCGCAUUUGCACGAAGACGGCAAGCGCGAGUCGGCGUGGAGUCGCGCCAACAGCUUUGUGUACGCGAUCCAAGGCGGUGACCGGACGCGGCAGCAAACACUCGCCCUCGGGGAUGACAAGCACCUUGCAGCACUCCUCGAUGCCGAAGUUGACGACACCCACCUCAUUGACCGGGUCGGACGGCACUAUUUUCGCGGCAUGGUCUUGUCCAAGGAGCAAGCGGCCCGCUGCAAGCUUCUGCAACAGAAAAGGUCGUCACCGGUGGACCGUAUUGAAGCUGCUGACGUCAACAAGGACGUCAAGGACAAGCAAAACGACGCCAGUGAUUCUGAGGCAAACCAGAACCAGACACGGUACCAGAAUGCAGUAGAGACGCUCGAACCAGUGCCCCCGAUUGAAGAGAGUGCAGUCAAGACAACCCCUUGUGGGACGACCGAAGCCACACCGCAUUACGAGCUGAUCUCGACCAUGGACAAUGCAAAGAUGACGCUCACAAUCCACACGCCGGCUCUUUCAUCGGUGAAAGACAUGGCGCUGGAUAUCUCGAGCGACGUGCUGCAGUUUGUUGUCCCCGGCAUCUACCGCCUUCAAGUCGCCCUGCCGUGGGCCGUAGACAAUGCUACGACGCGCCCCACGUUCUCCAAGAAGGCACGUCGCCUCGUCAUUGCGCUCGCCAGUCCGACAGCGUAGUUUUCUAGAGUUGAAAGAGGUGGUACCGUCCGACUAUGGUUUAUAUACGAUCCCUUGUUCGUACGAUUAUGCUGCGUACGAUCCGAGACAACCCUAUCCACAACCCGUUUAUAUAAAUACAGUAUUGAUACCUAGAGCAAUGGAAAGCUGCA